UGCGUGCGCCGUACAAAGCAUUUGGCGGGUUUUUCCGGGCUAUACUGUUUUGCUCCCAUCACUGAGAAGCUCGGCGGUGGCUUUUAGGAAGCAGGACGUUCUCCCCAAGAGAACGAACUUCUCAAGCUUUCUGUUUUCUUCCUCUGGGCGUUUGAGGGUUUCCAAAAAAAAGAAAGAAACAGUGUUUCUCCGUGACUGACGACUGGGGCCUUCUGACCGCCUGAGGUCUUGGGCCAUUUGGUCACUCUCCACCUCAGGCCCUCGGAGGGUGAAAGGCUCAGAGGGACCUCGUUCUGCUCAUCGAUCUCCACGCUUGUGGGUUUCUUGGCGUCAGGUCGGAGCUAGGGUGGGCCCGGCCCCGGUCCCCCUCCUGGGUCAUCAUGGCUGUAUCCGCCCAGCUCUUGGUGGAGGAGUUGCACAUCUUCGGCCUAGAAUGCGAGGAGGCUGUGACUGAGAAAUUGGUAGAAUUGUGCAUUCUGUAUGGACAAAAUGAAGAGGGAAUGGCCAGCGAGCUUAUAGCCUUCUGCACCAGCACCCGUAAAGACUGCCUCACCUUAGAGACCCUGAAUUCUUUUGAGCACGAGUUUCUGAGCAAAAGAUUAUCCAGAACCUGGCAUGGCGCCUCCAAGGACAGAGGACACAGGCAUGCAGGACCCAGAGACAUUGUCUCCAUACAAGAGCUAAUUGAGGUGGAGGAAGAAGAGGAGACCCUCUUGAACUCUUACACCACACCCUCUAAGGGUUCUCAGAAGCGAACCAUCACCACCCCAGAAACCCCCCUCACAAAAAGAAGUGUGUCUGCUCGGAGCCCCCAUCAGCUCCUCUCACCGUCGAGUUUCUCUCCAAGUGCUACUCCCCCUCAGAAAUACAGCUCAAGAAGUAACCGGGGAGAAGUGGUUACCUCCUUUGGCUCGGCACAGGGGGUGUCUUGGUCCGGGAGUGGAGGAACUAGUCACCUCAGCCUGAAGGUCUUGGGACAUCCAGAGCCGCUCACCCGGAGCUACAAAUACAUGUUUCAGAAGCUCCCAGACAUUCGAGAAGUUCUGACCUGUAAGAUAGAAGAACUUGGCAGUGAACUCAAGGAACAUUACAAGAUUGAGGCUUUUGCUCCCAUUCUAGUCCCAGCACAGGAGCCCGUUACCCUGCUAGGCCAGAUCGGCUGUGACAGCAACGGGAAGCUGAACCACAAGUCGGUGAUUCUGGAGGGAGAUCUGGAACAUUCCUCAGGCACUCAGAUUCCAGUGGAUCUAUCUGAGCUCAAAGAAUAUUCUCUAUUUCCUGGACAGGUGGUGGUCAUGGAAGGAAUCAACACCACGGGUAGAAAACUCGUUGCCACCAGACUCUACGAGGGUGUGCCGCUCCCGUUCCAUCAGCCCGAUGAAGAGGAUGGAGAUUCUGAGCAGUUCAUGGUCCUGGUGGCCUGUGGGCCAUACACCACAUCUGACAGCAUCACCUUUGACCCCCUGCUCGACCUGAUCACCAUCAUCAACCGCGAUCGACCGGACGUCUGCAUCCUGUUUGGACCUUUCCUGGAUGCUAAGCAUGAACAGGUUGAGAGCUGUCUGCUGACGAGCUCAUUUGAAGAUGUUUUCAAGCAAUGUCUCCGAACAAUUAUUGAAGGAACACGAAGCUCCGGCUCCCACCUCAUCUUCGUUCCAUCGCUGAGAGAUGUGCACCACGAGCCCGUGUACCCACAGCCUCCCUUCAGCUGCUCCGACCUGCUUCGAGAGGACAAAAAGCGAGUGCGGCUCGUGUCCGAGCCCUGCACCCUCUCCAUAAACGGAGUGAUCUUUGGUUUGACGUCCACCGACCUGCUGUUCCACAUGGGGGCCGAGGAGAUCAGUAGUUCUUCUGGAACUUCAGACCGGUUCAGCCGAAUUCUUAAACACAUCCUGACCCAGCGGAGCUACUACCCGCUCUACCCGCCCCAGGAGGACGUGGCCAUCGACUACGAGAACUUCUACCUCUAUGCUCAGCUGCCUGUCACCCCUGACGUCUUCAUAGCCCCGUCAGAGCUGAGAUACUUCGUGAAGGUGGGUUUGAACUCAGCCAUUUCCCAGCAAUGCCAGAACCAGUUCCUUUCUGGACCCCCGGCACUUACUCCUCUUGGGUCUGCUGGUGGGGACGGUGGCCUCGUUCCUUUGCAGGAGCGGGGAGGAGAAAACAAAUCUGUUUGUAUAGUGCUUAAGUAAGUGACGCGCCCUUGCUGCCUGCCGCCACCACCCCACCCCACCUGCGGCAUGGCGCUCAGGCAGCCCAGCCUGGGAGCCCCAGAGGCAGCUAGGAAGGCCCUCUAUCCAUGGCUCUCACCCAUAGCCACCUCGGGUGACCUGGGCUUGCCUGUCCCCUCCCCGAAUUCUGAGGUGAGCUCCCAGCAGCUCUGGGGCACAUCCAGGUUCGGGCCCUCGGCGGGGAAUCUACCCCAUCAACCUCCUCUUGCCAAACCAGAGCCAGUCCGACCUCCGGGGGUAAACCUUCUUUCACGCUGUGAAACCAAUAGAGCAAGUCUGUCUCCACGCUUGGGAAUUGGCUGAGUCACCUUCUUCAUUUUGUUUUGGAGACACAAGAGGCACUCAGAGUUUUCUAGUAAUAAAUUAACAUAUUGGACCGAA